AUGAGAUCUUUGCAUGUCUUUGUUAAUGUGGGAAGAAAGUCUACAGGAACUCCAGUUGAGGGUAGUAAAACUGUGGUAGAAAAAUUAACAGAGGAUGUAGCAUAUGGUAGUGAUGAGAGUGAUGGGAAUCCAGAGGAUAAGGAUGAAGCAGAUGGUAGUGAUGAGGUGCUGGGGAAUUCAGAUGAUGAUGAUAGUGUAGAAGCUAAUGCUAACCUGAAUGAUGAUGAAAUGUUUGAUUAUAUAGAAAAUUAUGUAAUGCCUAAUGAAAAAGAAGGUGAUGAAGAAGCUUUAUCUGAAUAUGCUGAGAGUGAUGGUGAGGUAUACACUUCUAACACUGAAGAAGAGGGUGAGCCUGUAAAAAUCAAAAGGCCUAGGAUUGUCUAUGAUCCUAAAUGUAGACACAAAGACCUUAAGAUUGAGUUGGGGAUGCGGUUUGAGAGUGGAUACCAGUGUAGGAAGGCACUUAGAACUUGGGCUAUAGAAAAUGAGAAAUUUAUUCACUUCAAGAGGGUGAGUGUUGUGCAGUGUGAGGCUGUAUGUGUGGAGGGCUAUAAGUGGAGAGUGUGUGCAAGCAUUGUGAGGGAAGAUAAAUCAUUUAAGGUGAAGACCUACGUUGGUGUACAUACUUGCCCUACAGCCUUAUCUAAUAAACUGUUGACAUCCGAGUGGAUAGCAAAUAGGUACUUGGAAAUAUUUAGAGCGAACAUGAACUGGUCUGUAAAAGAGUUAAAGGGUGACAUUAUGCGUAUGUUUAAGGUCAGCGUACCCAAAGACAGAUUAUACAAAGCGGGAAACAUUGCAAGAGAGCUUGUUAGAGGCACGUUGGAGGAACAUUAUGCUUCACUUACUAAGUACUUGGCCGAGCUUAAAAGAGUGGAUAACGAAGGGACAUUUGAGCUACUGAUUUCAGAAGAUAAUGUCUUUAGGGGUCUUUACUUGGGUCAUAGUCCACUGAUAAAAGGGUUUAAGAAAAGUUGUAGACCGAUUGUAAGUCUAGAUGGGUGCUUCUUAAAGACAUAUUUAGGGGAAAUAUUGUUAGAUGCAGUAAGGAAGGACGGGAACAACAAAAUGUUCUUAAUAGCAUGGGCAUGUGUGGAGAUUGAAAAUGAGGUUUGUUGGAGAUGGUUCCUCAAACAUUUGUUUAAAGAUUUGGAGAUAACACAUGGGGCUGGCUGGACAUUUAUAUCAGACCAGCAGAAGGGUCUGGAGAAUGCAGUACACAACCUUGCACCUAGGGCUGAGCACAGAAAUUGCGCAAAGCAUGUGUAUAUGAACUGGAAGAAGAAUGGACACAAAGGGGCCACUCUAAAGAACCUCCUUUGGACCACUGUGAGGUGCAUUCAACUUGAGGACUACAAGGCUGUUGUGCUUGAGAUUAAGAAGGAAAGUUUUGAUGCUUAUCAAGACUUCAUUUCAAGGGAUGUGUCUAGGUUUUGUAAAGCUUUUAUAUUAAUUGAUCCUGUGAGUGAUAUAAUUGAUAAUAACAUUAGUGAAACCUUUCACGGUUAUAUUCUUAAGGCUAAAGGGAAGCACAUAAUCCACAUGUGUGAAGAAAUAAGAAAAUCAUUGAUGGUUAGGCAGGUUAAGAAGAAGGAUGAGAUGUCUACUGUCACAAGUAGGAUUUGUCCACUGAUUUUGAAAAAACUGGAGGUUGUUAAGGUGAGUUCAAACAACUGUGCUUCACUCCCUACAUUAGGUAACAAAUUUGAGGUUGUUAUAAAUGGGAAACAAUAUGUUGUGUCAGUGAGGGAUAUGACCUAUUCUUGUAGGCUUUGGGAUCUUACAUGCAUUCCAUGCAAACAUGAUUGUUCUACAAUCAUGUACAUGAAUGAAGACCCCUCGAAUUAUGUCCAUGAUUACUAUUCGGUUGGUAGAUAUUUGGGGGCAUAUGAGUUUGGUUUGGAGCCUAUAACAUCUGAAAAGUAUUGGCCCGAGGUAACAGAUCCUUCUAUCAAACCACCUACAAUUCCAAAGAAUGCAGGGAGACCCAAAAAGAACAUGAAAAGGGAUCCAAAUGAGGGGGAUCUAAAAAAUCCCAAUAAAUUAAGGAGGAUGGGUGAAGGAACAACAUGUUGGCACUAUGGUCAAGAGGGGCACAAUAUAAACACUUGUCAGAAUGAAACAAUGAUAUUGCCACCUGCUAGGAAGAGGUGUAGACCGAGGAAGAAUCCUGCUCCUACCAUUGAGACAACAGAUGGUCAAAGCAGGCUUGUGGGAAGAGCUAAAAUGACACCAGAGCAGAGGAUGCCUGCCUCAAGGAAGGUUACGGACGUGCAAAAUGCAUUUAAAGCAUACAGACCACCAAGGAAAACAAAGGCAAAGGCUUCAUCAUCUAAAGCUAAUGAGGGAGAUGAGCCUGCACAAGAUAGUUGA